UAGAUUUCCGGGCCUGCCAGAGCUUUCGAGUGAUCGGACGAAUGUACCCUUCCACGCCCACGAGAGAAAGAUGGCGCAGUGGUCCAGUCAGGUCAUGUGCCGUCCGUCAAGGUACUCGGCCCGCUAAACCCAAUUGAGGGCUUGGGCGGAUGUGACGUCGCCAACACAGAAUUAUCCGGCAUCCGCAGUACCUCACCACUAUCUCUCCUUGCGACGCGUGUGUUCACCGAUUGAAAGACAGACCCGGUUAUUGGCUCUGUUGGCGCUUCUCUGCGAAAAGGAGAGCACCAAUGAUUCCAUCUUCUUUCCUUCCCUCCGCCGUUCUUCUCGCCGUCUGCGCCUCCGCCAUCCCCGUGUCAGACCAGCAGCCUUUGGGCAGCGACUUUUCCAUCGAUGCGGACACUAUCAGCGGACGGCCCUCCCGUGGGCUUGCAGGGCGCUUUCUGCAUAUAACUGGUACGAAAGUUUUUCAAAUGCGACCUGACGAUUGAAAAGUGCUGUCGCUGACUAUCCGUCAGAUUUACAUCCAGAUCUACACUACAAAUCCGGUACCGACCAGGAUGAUGCAUGCCACCGCGGGGAAGGCUCGGCGGGAUACUUCGGAGCUCAGGGAACGGAAUGCGACUCUCCUUUCACGCUAAUCAACGAAACUUUCCGAUGGAUACACCAGAAUUUGAAGGAUCAGGUUGAUUUCGUCAUUUGGACUGGAGACUCCGCCCGCCAUGACAACGACGAAUCUAUCCCUCGGACGGAGGAUGAAGUUAUUCAGCUGAACGACCUGACUGCGCAUAAGUUCUACGAGGUGUUCCAGAAGAAAGAUUCUCGCCGUGGUCUUUCGAUUCCGGUCGUCCCCACCAUCGGCAACAACGACAUCAUGCCCCACAACAUCAUGAAGGAUGGCCCGAAUCGGUGGACCAAAAGGUUGUCUGACGUGUGGUUCAAAUUUAUUCCCGAACAUCAACGGCAUUCAUUUGUCGAAGGCGGCUGGUUCACAUCGGAAGUGAUUCCCGGCAAACUUGCGGUGAUCAGCUUGAAUACGAUGUACUUUUACGAGUCGAACUCUGCGGUCGAUGGAUGCAAAUCCAAGUCGGAGCCGGGAUUCGAGCAUAUGGAAUGGCUCCGCGUACAGCUGAAGAUCCUGCGAUCUCGCAACAUGAAAGCAAUCCUGAUCGGACAUGUCCCUCCAGCGAGGUCGGGGACAAAACGGAGCUGGGAUGAGACGUGCUGGCAGAAAUAUGCUCUUUGGGUACACCAAUUUCGAGAUGUUAUAGUCGGCAGUGCCUAUGGUCAUAUGAACAUUGACCACUUCAUGCUACAAGACAGCCAUAAAGUGAAAAUCGUUGACACUAACGACGACCCGGCAUCUUCGACUGCACCCGAUGAUCACUCGGAUAAGUUUUCGGUCUCCUCUCGUUCAAGUUAUCUCUCCAGUCUGAGAAAAGACUGGUCUAAGAUGCCAUCUCCGCCUAAGCACAAGUCGAACAAGGCAGAUGUUCUAGAGGAAUGGGACGAUGAUGACUCUUUCGUGCCGGCCGGCGAUGACCGCCAUGUGCAAAAAUCGAAGAAAAAGCGCUUUCUCAAGAAGAUCGGCGGUCCUUUUGCGGAGAGGUAUAGCGUGUCGCUAGUAUCGCCCAGUCUGGUACCGAACUAUUUCCCAACCCUGCGGGUUGUGGAAUACAACAUCACAGGGUUGGAGGACGCGGCUGUUUGGAGCGAAACGCACGAGGAGCCUGUCGAAGUUGAUUCGCCUUUGGAUGAUGAUGACGAUACUGUCUCCGCCGACAAGAAAAAGAAGAAGAAGAAGAAGGGAGGAAAGAAGAAACCUCCUAAUUUCAAAGUUCCAGAGCCCCCGUCGAAAUCGGCUCCCCCGGGUCCAGCUUAUUCUAACCAACCCCUUACAUGGCUGAGUUACACCCAAUACUUUGCCAAUCUAACAAGGGUCAAUGAACAAGUGUCGAAGGCUACUGAGCAGUCUGACAAUUCAAGCCUGAUGGGGAUCGGAAAAGGCAACUUUGACGACGUUUUCUCUUUCGAAGUUGAAUAUGACACCAAGGACGACCGUACCUACAAAAUGAAAGACCUCACCGUCCGCAGCUUCUUCAAAUUAGCCACGCGCAUUGCGGAGAACUACUCGGACAAAAGCAGCAGUAACGAGAUCGAUGCGGAGGGGAAGAAGAAGAAAAAGAAAAAGUCCAAGAAGAACCGAGUAUGGCGGGCGUUUCUGCAGCGAGCGUUUGUCGGAUAUCUGGACGAUGACGAACUUGACGACCUUGAGACAUGACCCGUUCAUUAUUUUUUGAACCGUUUCCUUCGCCACAGGAGGUGAAUCCAACUAUCAGAUGACUACUAAUGUAAUAUGCUACAGUCGCAACAUUUUGGAUGUAUAUACACUUCAUGUCUAUUAAUUCAUCUUUUCUGAACUUUGUGAC